AUGUCCAGUUUCACCAUACCCGCCGACAAGAAUGCGACUGGGUCGGGGUUAUUGGCAGUAAGCUGUCCACCGGAUCUCACCCAGGAGGCCCUUUUGAGAUUCCCGGCUUUCAAGAUUUGGCUUUCCACACUGCAACACUCCCUGGGACGGCAACAAGACCCGUCGCAUGAAUUCCACCAUGACCCUUACAUCCUACGCAGGAUUGAUAUCCAAACUGUCGAUUACUUUGGUGGCGGUAGACUCGGGUUCGUGAAAUUUAAGGCAGAUGUUUCGAAUGGGGGUGGCGAACACCUGCCCGGGAGCGUGUUCUUACGCGGGGGUAGCGUUGGGAUGUUGCUCAUUCUUCAGCCUGAUGACGUUCCACCAACAAACGAAGCAGAGAGCCGUGCCAUCUUGACCAUACAACCUCGUAUCCCAGCUGGUUCCCUUGCGUUCCCGGAAAUACCUGCCGGUAUGCUCGACGAUAGUGGUACAUUCGCCGGAGGUGCCGCAAAAGAGAUCCACGAAGAAACAGGGUUGUCUAUACCGCAGAAUGAACUGAUCGACAUGACAUCGUUAGCACUGCAAUCCGUACAAGAACCAGAAAACGGCGAGACACUACAAAAGGCAGUAUAUCCUUCAGCGGGAGGGAGCGAUGAGUUUAUCCCAUUGUUUUUGUGCCAAAAGAUUAUGCCACGAAAGGAUAUCGAAGGCUUGCAGGGACGGUUGUCGGGCUUACGACAUGAGGGCGAGAAGAUCACAUUAAAAGUGGUUCAUUUGAAAGAUCUGUGGAAAGAAGGAUUGCGAGAUGGAAAAACACUUGCUGCAUGGGCACUUUAUAAGGGACUCAAACAAGAAGGAAAGCUUUGA